AUGGACCCAAACACAAUUGUAUCUACAGCGACUGAAAGUGCAUUACAAUUUGGGGGAAGUCUGGUUAAACGGCAUUUGGGUUACUUUUUUAAUUACAAUGAAAAAUUUGAAGAGAUUAAACAUCAUGUUGAGAUGCUGGAUGAUGCCAGAAACAGGGUGCGAAAUGAAGUUAACGUUGCAGAAAUGAAUGCAGAAGAAAUUGAAAAUGAUGUUCAACAUUGGUUGAAACAGGUGGAUGAGAAGAUCAAAGAAUAUGAAAGUUUUCUUCGUGAUGAAUGCCAUGCCAAAACAAGUUGCUCCAUUGGUUUCUUUCCAAAUAACUUGCCAUUAAGGUACCAGUUAGGCAAAAAAGCUACGAAGAUGGUAGAGGAAAUGAAAGCAGAUGGACUUUGGAAUAGAAAGUUUCAUAAAGUUUCAUAUAGAGAAGGCCCAUCCAUGGAUGCUGCUUUGUCAAACACUGGUUAUGAAAGCUUUGGGUCAAGAAAUAAAACUACAGAGAUGAUUAUGCAAGCACUGGAAGACUCUACAAUUAAUAUGAUUGGAGUCUAUGGGGUUGGUGGUGUGGGUAAGACCACUUUAGUCAAAGAAGUUGCUAAAAAAGCUCAAGAAAAGAAGUUGUUCAAUGUGGUUGUUAUGGCAAACAUAACAAGAAAUCUUGACAUAAAAAAAGUUCAAGGACAAAUUGCUGAGAUUUUAGGAAUGAGAUUGGAAGAGGAAAGUGAAAUUGUACGAGCAGAUCGAAUACGGAGGAGAUUAAAGAAAGAAAAGGAGAACACACUUAUAAUCCUAGAUGAUCUUUGGGAUGGGUUGGACUUGAAUAGAUUGGGGAUUCCACUUAGUGAAAAUGAUGAUGGAAGCCAACGGGAAGUCAAGGAUAUAACUGAUUUUGGUUACACUAAAAUGGACGAGGAAAAGUUAUUUUCUGAUUAUAAUAAGAAGAAAAAGGAAAAGUUAUCUGCUGAUUACAAUAAGAUGAAAAAAGAAAAGUUAUCUGGUGAUCACAAAGGAUGCAAAAUUCUUCUAACAUCGAGAAGUAAAGAUGUAUUAUGUAAUCAAAUGGAUGUGCAAGAGAGAUCAAUUUUCCCAGUAGGAGUCCUUGACGAAAAGGAGGCGGAGACUUUGCUUAAGAAAAUGGCUGGAAUACAUGUUAAAAAUUCUGAGUUUGAUGCGAAAGCAAUUGACAUAGCCAAAAUGUGUGCUGGAUUGCCCAUAGCAUUAGUUUCCAUUGGAAGGGCACUAAAGAAUAAGAGCUCCUUUGUGUGGGAGGAUGUCUGUCAGCAAAUUAAAAGGCAAAGUUUAACUGGGGGGCAGGAAUCUAUUGAGUUCUCUGCAAAGUUGAGUUAUGAUCAUCUAAAAAAUGAGCAGCUUAAGCAUAUUUUUUUACAUUGUGCUAGAAUGGGAAAUGAUCCCUUGAUUAUGGACUUGGUGAAGUUCUGUAUUGGUUUGGGUUUGCUUCAAGGGAUCUACACAAUAAGAGAAGCCAGAAAUAGAGUGAAUGUCUUGAUAGAAGAGCUAAAAGAAUCAAGUUUGUUGGUUGAAAGUUACUCUACUGACCGCUUCAACAUGCAUGACAUCAUGCGUGAUGUUGCUCUUUCAAUAUUAUCCAAAGAGAAACAUGCUUUUUUUAUGAAAAAUGCCAUACUAGAUGAAUGGCCUCACAAAGAUGAACUUGAAAGGCACACUGCUAUUUUUUUACACUAUUGUGAUAUUAAUGAUGAGCUUCCUGAGAGAAUAUAUUGUCCAAGACUUGAAGUCUUCCAUAUUGACAAUAAAGAUGAUUUUCUGAAAGUACCAGACAACUUUUUUAAAGAUAUGACUGAACUCAGGGUAUUGAUAUUGUCUGGUGUUAAUCUGUCAAGCUUACCUUCUUCAAUUAAAUGCUUGAAAAAACUGAGAAUGCUUGUUUUGGAGAGGUGCACUCUAGGAAAGAACUUAUCAAUCAUUGGAGAGUUGAAGAAAUUAAGAAUUCUUAGUCUUUCAGGGUCGAAUAUUGAAAGUCUACCUGUUGAAUUGGGGCAAUUGGAUAAGCUGCAACAUUUCGACUUAAGCAACUGCUCAAAACUAAGAGUUAUACCUUCCAACAUCAUAUCAAGGAUGAACAGUUUGGAAGAGUUUCAUAUGAGAGACAACUUGAUUUUAUGGGAAACUGAACAUAAAAUCCAAAGUGAAAAUGCUAGCCUUUCUGAGUUGAGGCAUUUGAAUCAGUUAAGAAGUCUAGAAAUACACAUUCCCAGUGUUGUCCAUUUUCCACAGAACUUGUUCUUUGACAAGUUGGAUAGUUACAAGAUUAUCAUUGGAGAAUUCAACAUCCUUACAGUGGGAGAAUUCAAAAUGCCUGACAAGUAUGAAUCAGUGAAAUUUUUGGCAUUGCACCUGAAAGAAGGUAUUGACAUUCAUUCUGAAAAAUGGGUUAAAAUGUUGUUCAAAGGUGUUGAAAACUUGCUUCUGGGAGAACUUGAUGUUCAUGAUGUUUUCUAUGAAUUAAAUGUUGAAGGAUUUCCAAAUUUGAAACAUUUGUCCAUUGUAAAUAAUUUUGGCAUUCAGUACAUAAUCAAGUCAAAGGAGCAGUCACACCCUUUAGAGGCUUUUCACAAAUUGGAGUCCAUGAGUCUUUACAAACUGGAGAAUUUGAAGAAAAUAUGUCACAAUGAACUUACUGAGGCCUCUUUCUGCAGAUUAAAAGUUAUCAAGAUUAAAUCAUGUGGUCAAUUGGGAAACCUUUUCCCAUUUUCCAUGCUCAGGCUCCUCAUCAUGCUUGAAACAAUUGAAGUGUGUGAUUGUGAUUCUUUGAAGGAGAUAGUUUCUGUUGAAAGACAAACUUAUACCAUCAGUAAUGUGAAAGAUGACAAGAUUGAAUUUCCUCAAUUACGACUUUUAACAUUACAAUCUUUGCCAGCAUUUACUUGUUUAUAUACUGGACAUAAGAUGCCUUCAAUCACACAAUUGUUGGAACUCCAAGUGCCAAACAAGGACAUAGAAAUUAUGGCUGAAGUGGAGCAAGGUGACACCAAUGCUUGCCUUUCACUCUUCAAUGAAAUGGUUUCAAUUCCCAAAUUAGAAUGGUUGGAGUUGUCCUCAAUCAACAUCCAGAAGAUAUGGAGUGACCAAUCUUUGCAUUGUUUUCAAAAUUUGCUCACACUGAAUGUGACAGAUUGUGGUAAUUUAAAAUAUUUACUGUCAUUCUCCAUUGCUGGAAGUUUGGUUAAUCUCCAAAGCCUUUUUGUAAGUUCAUGUGGAAUGAUGGAGGAUAUAUUUCGUGCAGAAGAUGCAAGGCAAAAUAUUGAUGUUUUUCCAAAGUUGAAGAAAAUGGAGAUCAUCCGCAUGGCGAAACUGAAUACCAUUUGGCAAGAAAAUGUUGGUCUUCAUUCCUUUCGUAGUUUGGAUUCUUUGACAAUAACAGAGUGCCACAAACUUGUUACGAUUUUUCCUAGUUAUAUGGGGCAAAGAAUUCUGAGUCUUCACAGCUUGGUGAUUAUUGAUUGCAAGUUAGUGGAAAACAUAUUUGACUUUGGCAAUAUUCCACGACCUUCUAAUAGGAAUGAAACAAACUUGCAUAAUGUUGAUUUACAAUUGCUUCCAAAUUUGAUGCAUGUAUGGAAAGAAGACUCUGGUGACACUCUUAAAUAUAAUAAUCUGCAAAACAUAAGCAUUUAUGGAAGUCCAAAUUUAAAAUAUCUCUUUCCAUUUUCUGUUGCCAAUGAACUAGAAAAACUGCAAUCCCUUGAGGUAAUUGGUUGCUGGGGAAUGAAGGAGAUUGUUGCUUGGGACAAAGGAUCAAAUGAAACGGCCAUUACCUUUAAGUUCCCUCAUCUAAACAUGGUAUCGUUACAACAAUUAUUUGAACUUGGGAGCUUUUAUAGGGGAAAUCACACUUUAGAGUGGCCAUCAUUGAAGAAGAUGUUGAUACUCAAUUGUUACAAGUUGGAAAUACUCAAUACAGAAACCAUAAUUUCACAAAUGAAGCCAAUUGUUUUAGCUACAGAAAAGGUGAUAUACAACUUGGAAUAUAUGGCAAUGAGCUUGAACGUAGCAAAAUUGUUGCAGAAUUACAUUAUUAGUGUUCAUAGAAUGCACAAACUACAAUCACUUGUCUUGUUUGGACUGAAGAAUACUGAGAUUCUCUUUUGGUUUCUUCAUAGACUUCCCAAUUUGGAAAGCUUAACGUUGCAAAGUUGUCUCUUCAAAAGCGUUUGGGAUCCAGCAAGCCUCAUUUCACAUGAAAAAAUAGGGGUUGUUAUGCAACUUAAGGAGUUGGUAUUAAAUAAUUUGUUGUAUUUAGAGGAGAUAGGGUUUGAACACGACCCCCUUCUUCAAAGGGUAGAGCGCUUAAUCAUUCUUGGAUGUCAUAAAUUGACAAGUAUAAUGCCUUCCUCGGUAUCUUACAAUUACUUGACACAUUUGGAAGUGACUAAUUGCGUGGGAUUAAGUAAUUUAAUGACAUCCUCAACUGCCAAGAGUUUGGUUCAACUUGUAACAAUGAAGGUAAGUUGGUGUCAAAUGAUUGAGGAAAUUGUUACAGACACUGAGAAGGAAAAUGUACAAGAGAUUGAGUUUAGACAAUUAAAAGCUUUAGAAUUGGUGUCUCUACAAAGUCUCAAAAGUUUCUGUAGUUCCAUGAAUUGUGACUUAAAGCUCCCAUUACUAGAAAACUUAGUAGUAAGUGAAUGUCCUCAAAUGACAAAAUUCGCUGAAGUCCAAAGUGCUCCGAAGUUACAAAAAGUACAUGUUGUAGCAGGAGAAAAAGAUAAAUGGUAUUGGAAAGGUGAUUUGAAUACCACUUUAGAAAAAAUUAUCAAAGAUCAGGUUUCUUUCGAAAGUUUAAAGCAUAUGCAACUUAUCAACUAUCCUGAGUUGAAGGAAGUCCGACAUGGCAAACCUGCUUUACCAGAUAACUUCUUCCGCAAUUUAAAAAUAUUGGAGGUGAACUCUCUUUGUGAAAACAGAGAAAUUGUAAUUCCAUCUCACAUACUUCCUUACUUGAAGAGUUUGGAAGAAUUGAAUGUGGAUGGCUGCGAUGAAGUGCAAGUAAUAUUUGAAAUAGAUGACAGUGAGACCAAGAAAACCAAAGGAACAGUCUUUCAUUUAAAAAAGCUUAUUUUAGAUGACUUGCGACAUUUGAAAUGUGUAUGGAACAAAAACCCUCAAGGAAUAGUCAGCUUUCCCAAUUUACAAGAAGUGGUUGUUAAAGAUUGUAAAAGAUUGACAAAGCUGUUCCCUUUAUCCAUUGCAAGAAAUCUGGCUAAGCUUAAGACACUUGAAGUAAUAAAGUGUAAGAGGUUGGAAGAAAUUGUUGGAAAGGAAGAUCAAAUGGAACUUGAAACAACUGAAAUGUUUGAAUUCCCUUGUUUAUCCUCACUAGUUCUUCGUAAGUUGCCACGACUUACUUGCUUCUAUCUUGGAAGACACCAUCUGGAAUGCCCCAUGUUAGAGUGCUUAGAUGUGUCUUAUUGUUGUAUGUUGAAGCUAUUCAUGUCAGAAUUUAAUAGUCACCAGGCAGUUGUUGAGGGUCCAGAUCGUACACUAAACAGGGGGCUACAACAGCCUCUUUUCUUGGUUGAAAAGGUCAUUCAUAAACUGAAGGAAUUGGCAAUCAAUGAGAAAAACAUUAUCUUUUUGAGCGAUAGAGAUUUAUCACUCAUUCGCAAAUUAAAGCUAUGCUUUGAGGAUAUCAAUGAGAAAGCUACUCUGCCUUUUGAUUUCCUUCACAAGUUACCCAAUUUAGAAUAUCUUAAAGUGAAAAAAUGCACUGGCCUCAUGACAUUAUUUCCCUCGAAAAAAUUCCACGUUCGCGAUGGAACACUUGUGGGAUUGAAAAAAUUAGCCUUAAUUCAACUCCAUGAGCUCAAUUUGAUAGGGUUAGAGCAUCCAUGGGUAAAGCCAUUCUCUGAAAAGCUCAAGAAAUUUAAGGUUAUCAAAUGCUCUAGAUUGGAAAAAUUAGUGCACAGUGCAGUAUCUUUCAACAGUCUAAAAGAGUUGCAUGUUUAUAAAUGUCAAGGGAUGAAGUAUUUAUUCACAAUUUCAACAGCCAAAAGUUUGGAGCAACUUCAGAUCCUAUAUAUACUGAACUGUGAAUCAAUAAAAGAAAUAGUAAAUAAAGAAGAUGAAGAUGCUUCUCAUGAGAUAAUAUUUAAACAGCUCAGUUUGUUAAUGCUGCUUUCUUUACCAAGCUUAGUGACCUUCUAUUCAGGGAAUGCCACUUUGCAAUUUUCAUCUUUGGAAUCAGCAACAGUAAUUGGAUGCCCCAAUAUGCAAACCUUCUCUCGAGGAGUCGUAGAUGCACCAAUGUUUCAGAAGAUCCAGAAUUCAUUUUCACCUUUGGAUCUUUACUUCCACAAUGAUCUCAAUACAACAAUGGAGAGGUUGUUUCACAGAAAAAAGAUUGAGGUAAGAAACUGUCAAUCUGUUAAGGCAAUAUUCGAUGUGAAAGAUAUAGGAGCAGAUAUGAAAACAACUUUUCAGCUUUCUCUUCCUUUGAAGAAAUUGAUUUUAAAUCAGUUGCCAAAUCUGGAGUAUAUCUGGAAUAUGAAUCCUGAUGAAAUUCUUAGCUUUCAAGACUUAGAAGAAGUGUACAUAGAUAGCUGUCAAAGCCUUAAGAGUUUGUUUCCAACAUCAUUGUCCAGUCAUCUUGUUACGCUUUGUGUGAGACAUUGUGGAAGAUUGGUAGAAAUUUUUGCAGAGGAUGAAGCAGCCAUGAAGGAAGAACCUAAACAGUUCAUUUUUCAUUGUCUGACCUCAUUAACACUAUGGGAGUUGCCAGAGCUCAAGUAUUUCUACCCUGGAAAACACUCACUGGAAUGGCCAAUGCUAAAAUAUAUAGAUAUUUACUGUUGUGACAAGUUGAAAUUGUUUACAACUCAAAAUCACAGUGGUGAAGAUGCACAUAAAGAGGAUCAACAUGGUUUUUCAAUUGAUCAGCAAGCCAUUUUUUUGGUAGAAAAGGUUAUCCCUAACUUGGAGCAUCAAGUAAUCACCAAGGGAGAAACUAUGACUGGGCAAGGACAAUUUGGUGCAAACGUCGCACUUUCACACCUCAUGCAAAAUUUACAAAUUCUCAUAUUGCAGUGCUAUCAUGAGGAUGAUGAGUCAAAUAUAUUCUCUACUGGAUUACUUGAAAAGAUACCCAACCUUGAAAAACUUGAAGUUCGUUGUAGUUCUUUCAAUGAAAUGUUCCCCUCCCAAAGACCUGUUGGUGAUUGUACCAAAAUCAUUUCAAAGCUGAAAGGCUUAUGUUUGAAUGGUGUUGACAAGCUUAGUUCCACAGGAUUAGAGCAUUCAUGGGUAGAACCAUUACUUAAAACACUAGAAAUAUUGGAAGUGUUUUCUUGCCCUUGCCUCAAAAUCAUGGUGCCAUCCACUGUGUCGUUUUCAAAUCUUACCUUUUUGGAUGUUGGUGUAUGUCAUGGAUUGGUAUAUUUGCUCACAUCCUCAACAGCCAGAAGUCUAGGUCAACUGAGGCACAUGUACAUAAGGGAUUGCCAUGCAAUACAGGAAAUAGUGUCCAAAGAGGGAGAUCAUGAAUCCAAUGAAGAGAUAACAUUUGGGCAGCUCAAUACUUUGUAUCUUGAGUCUUUACCAAGCAUUUUAGGAUUUUACUCGGGAACUUCCAAGUUGAAAUUCCCAUCCCUGGAUCAAGUGACUUUAAUCGAAUGCCCUCAAAUGAAAUAUUCCUAUGUACCUGAUUUGCAUCAAUUCAUACUCCAAGAGCCAAUCUCAUUGGAAGACCUGAAUUAA